AUUAUUUAACUAUUUUAAUCACUUGUCGAUUAAUUAUUUAAUGACUGAUAAUUACUCAAAGAAAAAAUUAUGUUCCAAAAAUACUAUCAUAUAACGAGUUUACUGCAUAUUAUCCAGUAGUCUACCGACUUUGACUAAUGAAUCUAUUUGUAAAAUAACAAUCAUAUUUUUUUCAGAUAUGAAUGUCGAGGAAGUUGUUAUCGACGGGGAGAAAUGGCAGAAAUGCAACAAAUGUGGAUUAAUAUCAAGAAGAAGAUAUAAUACGGAACGUCACUAUAAACGUUUUCAUGACUUAAUAAUUCCUGGAAAAACGUGUUGCAACAUAACAUUUUAUACCAAAGGAGACUUUAACUGUCACAAACAAGAUAUUCACGGUGAAAAGAAGAAACACACAAAAGACCAAGAAACACAAAAUGAUAAUGAAAUUUCGCAGUUGUUACAUGAAGAUUGUUGCACGAAGAAUGCCCCUAAAAAACAUUUUCUUUCUAAGUGGCGAGAGAAUAUUUAUUCGAGGAAUUCUUUUUAUCAAGCAGAAAAUCGGCUACCACUCACAAAUAUGGAAAACAUUGGGAGUAUAAAGAGGAAUCUAAAAAAACGUCCACCAAAAAGAAAUGUGAAUUUAUCAGUUUCUUCAAGUUCGACAAAAGAAAAUAUACAAAUUUAUAAUAUUACAGAUGUAUCAGAAGAAGGGCUGGAUAAUGGAUUGAAAGCUAUUAAAUUUUAAGUUGUAUUAAUUUUAUUAAAUAUUAAUUUUUUACUAAA